AUGUACAAUCCACUGCACGCGGGGUGUUAUGUCGAAUUACCGCGAGAAAUAAAACUGAAGAAAGCGGUAGUUAACGUGCAAUCUAAGGACAAUGCGUGUUUCGCGCGGUCAGUGGUGGCUGCUCUGCAUCCAGCUGAAAGACACGCAGACCGAGAAUCGUCGUAUCCCGAUUAUAUAACGGAACUAAACGUGCAAGACAUUGAGUUUCCCGUGACGCUUAAUCAGAUUAAAAAGUUUGAACAUUCAAACGAUAUCUCAAUCAACGUAUAUUGCAUUGAGAAUAAGGAAAUCUUACCGAUACAGCUUACCACCCGGAAGAAGGAGAAGCACGUCAACUUGCUAUACGUUCAGGGAGACGACGACGUGGGCCAUUUUGCGUGGAUAAAAAAUAUGUCCCGCCUCAUAAGCACGCAGUUGACUAAGCACAAUGGAAAAAAAAUUUCUGUGAUCGGUAUGUAUAAUUUUUACAUAAUAAUUUUUAAAUUACAUAAUAAGUUAUGA